AUGAUUCCAGGAAUGCGCGCCUCUCCGACAGAGGCGUUCAGCUUCGUUUAUAGCUGUGACCUGCAGACGAACGUCCAAGUGAAGGUCGCUGAGUUCGAAGGAAUCUUCCGUGACAUCGUCAAUCCUGUACGAAGGCUCAGCCAAUUAUUCACAGAGCUCACAGUGAGUCCCACUCAAUUUGAAUACCAGCGAACAGAUAUUCCCUUUCAGGUGUAUUGCAAUAAUCAGCAAAUCGGCUAUCCCGUAUGCACGUCGUUUCACACUCCUCCCGAUCCGAGCCAAUUGGCACGCCAGAAACUGAUUCAGAAAUGGAAUGAAUGGCUGACUCUUCCGAUUCGCUACGCGGAUCUCAGUCGAGACGCCUUCCUGCACAUUACAAUCUGGGAGCACGAAGACGAGCCGGGAGCGGUCAAGAACCAGACGUCCACGGCCACGUUCCCACGAAGACUCGUCGCCCAGUCCCGUCUUUCUUUGUUCAGCAAACGUGGAAUCCUCAAAUCGGGCGUCGUCGAUGUGCAAAUGAACGUGGCGAGCGUGCCAGACCCGUACAAGAAACAGCCAGAGACUUGGAAGUUUUCCGAUUCGUGGGGAGAAGACAUCGACUUGUUGCUGAAGCAGGUCACUCGUCAAUCGAGAGGACUUGUAGAAGACGUCCCUUGGCUGGACCCCUUCACUUCCCGCCGCAUCGAACACAUUCGUGCCAAAUACAAGCACUCUUCGCCCGAUCGCCACGUGUUUCUGGUCCUUGAAAUGGCGGCCAUCCGACUUGGUCCCACGUUCUACAAGGUCGUGUAUUACGAGGACGAAAGCAAGAAUGUAAGGCAGUUUGACAAGGAAAAAAUAUAGAAAAAGGGUUUCAGAUGAGGGUAAGCACUUCAGUUGGAGGCGGAGUCGGGAUUGUGACGGCAUGCACUCGCUAUUGCGUCGCUGACCCGGAGCUCCUUCUGGACUCUCUGGCAGAGGUGAAACACAGUGCGAUGACGAGAAGAAUCCGAGACAUCGGGGAUGAAAGACACAGACAAGUAAAACCGAACAAACAGGCCAAGGAUCGUCUCGAGGCCAUCGUGAACUUGCCGUCUUCUCAAGUGCUAACUCGCGAGCAAAGGGAUCUUGUCUGGAAGUUCAGACACUAUCUUCGACAGUUCCCGAAAGCACUGAACAAGUAUCUGCGAUCCGUGAAUUGGGCCCAGCCGCAGGAAGUGAAAUUGGCGCUAGCUCUGAUGAACGACUGGGAGCUGAUCGAAGCGGAAGACGCUCUCGAGUUGCUCUCCUCCGCUUUCACUCAUCCAGCCGUCCGCGCCUAUUCCGUGAGCCGUCUUCUAGAGGCGGCCAGUCCAGAUCAAGUUCUUUUGUAUCUGCCACAACUUGUGCAAGCGUUGAAGUACGAGCAGACUCAGGCGAACGACGCUUCAUUCGUCGCUCACCAGGUUGACGAUGACUGCGCGAAUAUGGAAGAAGAAAGAGGGAGUUCCCCGGAGAGUUUGGGCAAAACGCCCACGCGUGCAGCCACUGGAACCUCCUCGCCAGCAGCUGACGACUGUGAAGGGAGAGACAUCCUGGUGGUGACGAAGAAAGAAGCGAGAAAAGCGAGUGGAGAUCUCGCAACAUUCUUGAUUGAGUAAGUUUUUUUCUGAGUCACCAAGAUCCCAAAAUUCCUCUUUUCAGUUAUGCCAUUGCUUCCCCGCGUGUCUCCAAUUAUCUGUUCUGGCAUCUUAAAACUGAGAUUGAAUUGACAAAGAAAACGGAUGAGCACUUGUCGAGAAUGUAUCAGAAUAUUCAAGACAGACUGAUGGAAGCUCUGGUGAAACGGCACGAUACGAAGGCGCAGGUGGACUCGUUGCACCAGCAGGUAGUGUUCGUGGAAGAUCUGAAAGUGCUGAUGAGCGAGGCGAAACUACGCGGAGGUCGGCUGAACGAGACAAAGUCGGCAGAACUGAGAACGAUGCUCUCGAGGGCCAAGCACAUGCUCGAUUUGAAGGGGGUCAAUCUCCCGUUAGAUCCUUCCUACAAACUCUUCUCGGCCAUUCCGGACACUGCCAGUUUCUUCAAAUCUGAGAUGAUGCCGGCGAAGAUUUCGUUCAAAGUACAGUUGUCGCAAUCGGCGUCGGCAAAAGUCGACAAGAAUUUCCUCGACGAGUACACGGUGAUCUUUAAAACAGGCGACGAUCUCCGACAGGAUCAAUUGGUCCAGCAAAUGGUUCGACUCAUCGAUAUCAUUCUAAAAAAAGAACAACUGGACCUGAAGCUGACUCCUUAUUUGGUGUUGGCGACAGGAGUGGGUGAAGGAUUCGUGCAGUGCAUCAAAUCCAAACCUCUCCGCGGAAUCCAGGAACAGUACAAGGCGCACAAGUUGGACUGUAUUCGUGAAGCGAUGAAGGAGCUUCGUCCGGGCGACGGACCAUUCGGAAUCGAAGCGAAUGUGGUCGACAACUAUGUUCGAUCGCUCGCCGGAUAUUCCGUGAUUAUGUACAUACUCGGACUCGGUGACCGCCAUCUCGACAACCUUCUGCUUUGUGAAAACGGCAAACUGUUCCACGUCGACUUUGGAUUCAUUCUCGGACGAGAUCCGAAACCAAUGCCACCGCCGAUGAAGCUGACGAGUGAAAUGGUGCAGGCGAUGGGCGGAAUCAAGAGCAAGCAGUUUAUGGAGUUCGUGCAACACGUCGACUCUGCCUACCGUAUCCUCCGACGUCAUUCGAAUGUCCUUCUGAACCUGUUCAAUCUGAUGCUCGACGCCGGCAUUCCGGACAUCGCUUCAGAGCCGGAUAAGGCCAUUUACAAGGUACCAACAGUCAUCCUAAUAAAAACUCAUUUUGCUUCUCUUCAGAUCGAGCAACGUCUUCGCCUGGACCUCUCCGAUGAGGCAGCCACGAAGCACAUCUUCACCAUCGUCGAAUCAAGUAUCAAUGCUAAGAUGGCUCUAAUAUCUGACCUGAUUCAUUCUUAUAAGCACAAUUACUUGUAA